GGUGUCGGCGUAAAACGCACGCGCCGAUAGUUUCAAUAUGCCAUUUCAAUUAUCGGAAUGAUACAGGUCAUUUUAUAUCUUUUGUUAGCCGCGAAUUUGAUCGAAGAUACUGUGUCCGCCACAUUUCACGAUUUCAUGAAACAUUUCCCCGAGAAAAUGGCGGAUGCGUUCAAAAGUUCCUGGAGAGUCAUAACACAGGGCUCGUCUGAACUAAAAAGAACUUCGCCACCUAGGGGUUUGACUGAAGGCCCUUUGUGGAUUAAGAUUCCUAAAAGAGAUGGAUCGAAAAAGCCUCAAAAGACAAGGAUAGACGGAGCUGAACCACUAAAAUCGCAGGUCAUAAAUUUCAGAGAAACAGGCAGGUCUUCAUCGCUACAGGAUGUUACAGAAUGGUUUAGUACACUAGUGUCGCCGAAAAUAAACAACAAGAAGCACCGAACAGAUGGGCGAAGAAUUAACCAAGAGCCGGAGACUAAAUUGAGAAUACCCUUUUUCACGCCUCCCAAGCCGAAUUACAAAUAUUUGAUGCGAACAGUUCUCUGGCGAACACCAAGAGAUGCGGAGAUUGAGAGGAUGGCAACGACCGAUAGUAUAGAGAUUUUAGAUCGUAAGGCCUAAAGUCACAUGCGCCUGUAAACGUAGGCUCUGUUUGAGUUGACACCAAACGGAUGGCCGGCGCUGUCAACUUAUCAGUUCCUACCGUGAUGGACGCCUCCACUGCGACCACAAGAGUAGCCUAUACACUAGUGACAAUGGAAACUACGACCCACAUGAAAAAUCACACAAUGCCCGAGAUACGGUUCUUCUUCAAAAGGUUUAGAUUUCAUGUAUUCAAUAAAUUAGAAGUGAAUUAAGAAAUUGUUGUUAGUGUAAUAUUUAAGUUUUAGUAUUAAAAGUUGUGAUUUU